CCUGAAAGGCGGGGUAAUCAAAAUGGCUACCGUGCUUCAGCUUCUGCUGAAUAAACAGGUGUCUGCCGAAGCACUCGUUACUUGGUUGGGGAACAAAUCGAACAAUAAUGAACUUCCUGGAGGAAUUGAAAGCACAGACAAUCUUCGAACUGAAUUCAUUGCAUUUUUCUUAAACUUUCUGCGGGACCAAACUUUGCAUCUAUUACAGAAUGCGAAGUCAAGUAAUACAUCCCCAGUUAAAACUCCAAGCACACAGAAAGUGGAGACACCAGUUCAAAAACGAGCAACUUCAAGUGCAAAAAGAGUUCAGUUAUUUUCAGACAGUCCUGCUGAUUGUUUCCGACCGGACAUUGAUAAUGUUAGUCCCCUCUUCUCCCCCAACUCUUCAGUCGAUUCUGCCCAUAUCCAUCAUCGUUUUGGUGGCAGCGAUAGAAUGUCUCAUAAUGACUAUCACAGAAAAAGAUGGGAUGGUGACACGCCAAAUAGACGUAGAUCCUCAUUGUCUCAAACACCAGAAGCUCAACGUACAAAACAGAAACUUUGUCUGGGUGAGUUUCUCCUGACACCAGAAUCUGGAAACUCAAGAAGACGACGAUCUCCCUAUUCAUCCCGAGAAGCAUCCCCGUCUCCAACUGCCCAACCCCCCAAUCGUAGAGCACCAGGGAGGAAGAAAGGGGGAUCACCCCUCAUCAGAAGUAAUGAGGAUGCAAGGGAAAGAAGCUCUCCUGUUUUCAGCCUCAUCAGCAUGAAUGAUUUUCCUCCAGUGGGAGGAGCUGAUGAAAAACGAGAAAAAAGUGAUACCAAAAGUGUCCCAAAUAAAUCUCCAGAAGCAUCCAAACCACGAAGAAUAACUCUAACCCCUGUGACUAAGUGUCCCCAGGAGCUAGGGUUAUCUCCCUUUGCCAAAGCUGUCGCUGCAGCUGAAGACUUUGAUGCAGUUGGAGGAGGUGGUGACUAUUCAGGACCAAAAUAUCAACAGCCCAAGAAGAUAGAGGAAAAAUCAUCUAUCAGAUCGUCUGAAAAACGGAAACCACGGCGAAUUAAUCCGACUCCAGUGACAAAGUCAACCAAUCAGGGAUCAUCUCCCUUCUCUGCGGCUGUGAUGGAAGUGUCACCCCCAGUGAGAGGUUCGGGGGAUGCGUGGGGUGGCAAAACUACCCAGCAUACACUCAUGGAAGAGAGGGAGCUACUCCGGCAAGAAAAACUUCGUCGACAGAAACUGAUAGAGAAUGAUCCAUGCGCUUCCCCAAAGUCUGCCAAGUCUGACCUGGAUUCCGUGCCAUGUGUCACGCCGACCAAGACAGUCCUGGAGAGGAAAGCUAGUCACAUAGAGUACGUCCAUGCUGAUCCGAGUCAGGUGACCCACCAACAUGCUCUUGAUGUCAUGGCAGACCUAUAUUCCAGGGCACUGACAGAUUAUCUCUUCCCCAACCUGACGGUGGAGCUGUAUUUCCUCACCCAGCUUCUCACCUCGGUAGGUGAGGAGGUCCAGGAAGACAAAGAUGUCAGUCAGGAGUCAGAUGAAGUGAAGUACUUCUCCUCCGUACAUAAUGCCGUGUACUUUGCUGUCACCAUCAUGGAGAAGCAGGUCAGAAUCCUGAGUCAGCUGGACAAGAGUACUCUCCGGUUCCUCACAGACAACACCAGGAUCACGGAGUUCUCCCCUCAUCUGCAGCAGCAGCUGCGAGAGGCCUACGACAAGGCCAACACUGCUAGGAGUAUCCUGUCAUUCCCAAGGUCACCAAUAGGUGGCGUGUCAUUUCAGGCCGACACGGACAACAGGAAGAGCUUUCCCAAUGAUAAAUGCUUCCAUCAGUUCAAAAAACAAAGGGACGUAUUCUACGAACUGAUACGAGACUGGGAAGACAAGCGCCAGAAUACUGGUUGGUCACUGGUGGAUGUCCACGGGGAGCGGAUCCGCUGGUUGGUUACUUUCCGCACAGACCUGACCAAUCAUCUUCAUUUUGCCCGCCUCUUCCUGUCGCAGCUUAUUGUGAUGUGCAAAGGUGACAAGUCAGUGAAGUGUGACGGAGAGGAUGAAACAGUCACACUGCUCACGCAACUCAAGAAGACAAACCCAGAAAAAUUUAAAAAACUACAGGAGCGCUUCAUCAAGCCCUUCAGCCUGGGCGGGCCGUGUCCGACACCCAGUUUUACUGGCUACCAGGAGUUUUUCCGGGAUUUCAUCACAGCUGCUGGCAAUGCUAUCUUCAACCAGCAUCUGACUAAUACCCUGGUUGCCAAGGUUACUGAGUUGAACAACACAGAGUUUGGGACGUCUAGCGGUGAUCGCACCAUUUCGACCAGCUCGGAGACUGAGGAGGAGGAGGAUCAGCACGAGUUGUUUGCUUCCUGUUUGAUGACGCUGCGGCUUCUGGGGAAAUUCCUGGGUUUUGUGACAUUCCUGCCAUACCAGACCACAGAACCGCUGCCCGACUCCAUGCGGGCCAGCUAUACUGCUCAUAGGAACACAAUUCCGUCUCCCCUGGACUUUGUGGCCACGGUACACGGCGCCAUCUCCUCCCGGAGACUUGUCCUCACCAUACCCUGGCUGGUGGAGUUCGCCUCCCAGAUGGACUCAAUCGCUCCCACGGUGCAGGUGUACCAGCGCUUCCUGUCCGGCCUCCGACAUGUCCUCAGAAUAUCAUGGGAGAGAGCGUCCACAAACCAGUGUUUCUAUGGCAACCUGAUGGUGGUCGUGUUGAUAAGCUGGCUGUUUGAUACCCCGAUGAUGCCCGACGGUCUGUUCUUUAAGGAAGUAAGUGAGGAGGAGAACAGAGGUGACAGGGGCGACACCACACAGCUUCUACCUCUGGAUGACCUUGACCUUGUGUCACAGGAUCUUCUGUACACAUGCUGUCCUUACGUGGCCGAGAUGCGCAACUUGAUGAUGGAGUUUGCUGUGGGGACCAACACUCGAGGCACCAUCAGGAAGAUCACCCCUACCGCAGCCAACACCGGGCAGUCGGCGACCUUCACCCAGAAACAGCUGCAGACUCAGCUGGAAGAGAAUUUCUUUCACAACCAUCCAUCGUCUCUCAAACGUACUGUGGAGUUUGUAGGGGAGAGAACUGCGUCCAACUUCAUCAAGCAGUUUCGAAGCUCCAUCCUUCCAAAGCAGUUGACAGCAGCUAAACAAAGGGUCAAGGAUCUGAAGGAAAGGUUAAAACUGCUGGACAAAGACAAGAGAAAAAUGGGUCUGCAGUCCGAGGAGGUGAACAGACUGGUGCCGCUGGUCUACGCUGACCUCAAGACACUGGUCAACAGAGAACAGAGAGAAUUUUGCCAGAAGAAAACACUGGCUGCACUCAAGCUGCUAUUGCCGGAGGAACAGUCAACUUCAGUGGUUGCCAUGGCAGCAGAUAUCUCAAGUCAUCUGGCAGAAAGUCGGAUCACACAUUGGAUCAGCACUAAUAUCACACUAGGUGUGAUCCAAACUGAACUUACAGGAUCCAGCAGUCGUUUCCUCUGUACCCAUCUGUUGCUUGGCAACCAAAAUUCCCAGACUGCCCCAGCCACAGAGAAGCCGGACAUUAGCAGACACAAGGAGAACACUCGUGGUCUGUCUGACAUCAUCUGUGACAUCAAGGACGUGAUAAGAUGUCUACUGCUGUACCCGAGCUCCCAGUUGGACCUAGCUGGGUGUCUGGACCUGCUGUCUGAGGCCAACACAGCCCUGGUGGAGAGACAGGAUCUUGUGCCACUUGUAGUCAAAUCUUUGGCUCAGCUGAUUUUCAACCUAGCUAUCACAGCUGUGCUGGAGCGGCCUGGUGCUGUGUCUACAGAGAUCUGUGCACGGUGCAUCAGUGUGUGGAGGCAGCAGCUGGGCAAGGAGACAGAGUUUGAUGGUUUGUGUUGUGCCAGAGUCAUCCAUGGCUUGUCCAAGAGUCACAAGUCGCAGCAGGCCAGGUCCAGCUACACGCAGUUCGUCAUUAGUCUGCUGGAGGAGAAGAUCACCGAGCCCUCGACGUUCAGGGAUGCCUGUCAUAGGGUUAUCAAGAUCUCACAGUCAGCCAGUCUGGACUUAGUGCCACUUGGUCAGGUUGUGGGAGACCUUUUACGGCAUUUCCACAAAACAGAAGCUGUGACGUCCUGCUUCUGUAAAACUCUGGAACGGCUGUUUCACAUCUCAGCCGAGGGUUCCCAGCUUGCACGGACAGUUCUCCCCCUGCUGGACAAGUAUGUCCCAUUGGAAGGGGAAGAGGACAAGGAGCAUCCCGAAAAAGAACCUCAAAAGAUUGAGCAAGGUGAAAAUGUUGAUGCGUUCCAGGAAAACAAACAUGAUGAUGUUCCUGAUGAUGGUGUUCCUGAUCAGGAUCUGCCUGGUCAAAGAAAGGACACAGAAGCUUAUUGUGUCAACGAUGUAGACAGUGUGACAGAUGCGGUACAGAUGUUGGAGAUUGAUGCACAAAGUGACAGUGUGGAGGAAAGUGGUUCCAACUCAGGACAUAAGCUCUUACCCUCGUCUCCAGGGAGAAAUCAUGUUGAAUGUGUUAAAAUUGUAAAACGUGUAUCGUUGUCGGGGAUCGUGGAAUCCCAAGAUGAAAAUGGAAAUAGAAAUAAGGCUAAAGAGGAACCAAAUCUAAUACUUAGCUCACCUGGCCACUGUCUGGAAACAUCUUAACCCUAUGUUGUUUGUAGAAUAAGACAUGUUGUUUUAAAGGAAUUACACUGGAAGCUCAAACUGACAAUUACUAAUUGCCAAGUAGGGAACAGACUUAUCUAUAUGCAAACACUGGUUUCCCAUGUAAUUGCUUGUCAUUAUAACCUCUAAGAAUGUACACUGGUUAUUCACAUUUAAUGGAUAUAUUCCAGCUUUUUUCACAUGGUAUGUUAUGUAAAUAUGUAAAUUGCUCCCAUAAUCAAACCCUCUCCAUCACUAAUAAUAAUAUGACAUUGUGCAAAAAAUAUGAAUGUUGUAUGGGGAUUCUGGAUGAGGUCAGGUCCUUUUCCUGAUCUGGGGGAGAAUAGGUCUUCAGCAUUCUUGUUGUAAAAGGCGACUAACGGGAUCAGGUGGUCAGGAUCGCUGACUUGGUUGAUGCAUGUCAUCGUAUCCCAAUUGUGUAGAUCGAUGCUCAUAAUACAAAUCAAUGGAUUAUCUGGUCCAGACAUGAUUAUUUACAGACCUCUGUCAUAUAGCUGGAAUAUUGCUGAGUGAGACAUAAACAACAAACAACAACCACAGGCCACCAGGAUAAAGUUUGGAUAUUUCCGACAGCUGGCUUAAACAGCAUUCACAUAUCAUGAUGACAUUGCUAAUUGGAUUUCUCAGCCAUUUGUGGGAGGAAGCUCUGUGAAUGGAGUGACUGACAAAACCUAACCAAUUGACAAUACAACUUAAACUGACCUGUAUUACUAUCAACUGUGAUAGACCAUGAUACACCAAACCUGUUGCUUAAUAUAUAUAUAUAUAUAUAUAUUAGGGCUGCAAUGAAUGCACUAUGAGGCGAAUAUGAUUCAUAUCAUGAAUAUGUGGUAACAAAUACGAAUAUUUAUUCAUGAAUACAAUAACAAGUCAGCAGUUGAUCUUUAAUCUAUUACAUUCAGUGAAAAAUAACAACAUAAAUUAUUUGACAUGGUUGGAUAAUUAUUAAUAUAUUAUACAUUUAUACACUUCAUUUAUCCAGGUACCAGUAUCUGCUCAAAUACGACAAUGACCGGGGACCACAAUACUGUCAAAUUAUAUAUAUGAGUGUUGUCUUUAAAGAAAUCUCUGCAUAUAAUAUGUUCUCAUGGAUAUUUUUAGGUACAGGGUAUGUAGAUGCACAUGAAUGCAUAUUCGUAAAUAUUCGAUUCGAGUGACGACGAAUAACGAAUUCAAUUCAUGAAUUGAUACGGUUUGAUUCACUGAAUACGCGAGUGAAUCAUAACAGCCCUAAUAUAUAUAUAUACUACUCAACAUUUGCUAAGGACCACACAUUUAACUAGUAUAAAAUAUUUCGAAAAUGACCAAUGAGCUAUUAGGGAUUGUCUUUUCCAGUGUGGUGUUAAUCUCAAGCCUUCUGACAAGUCACCUCUAGGAUUCAUUCACAAGGGACAGAUAAUCUGUAAUUCUAAGUUUCGAGUAGGUUAUUCUACAUACCGUAUUCGACGUAAAAAGCGCCCAGGGCGCUCGCAAAAUUAGGAAUAGGGGGCUCUUAUUCGAAUAUUAUUUUGGUGUAAAAAACAGAGUUGAAAGAUAAAUUUUGUGGUUUAA